CUCAAAAUAGUUUGUAGUUUCAUGUUGAUUAUAAUCGCUCAAUGACUCGUAUUUAUUUUCACUAUAAGGCAGUUAAGGUCAGUCGGUCAUUGUAUCCUUUGUAACAGUAUCUGAUUGUGCGAUUACAUAAUGGAAGAAUUUCCUGGUCACGCGUUGUUUACAUAACGUGAAUUGUCACGUGCAGUAUCUUUCCCGCCGUUUUGCUGUAUGUGUUACUAUGGUCCUAAAUAAAUGGUUCAGUUAAAACAGCACAACACUUUACAUGGUUGUCAGGUGCGGGAUUUGAGACUAAAAGCUCGAAAACUCCACUAGAAUCGAAGAUAAACUCAAGACUAGCAUCUAAGGACAAGAAAGGAGCGACCUAGUUGGUUUCGAAACGACGAAAAUAGACUGGACUCACGGACCCGACUUACCACAACGACUAUAGCGCUCUCGACAGAAAUGAGAGUUGUUAUUUGAUGGCCCACUUAAAGCCCGUUCAACCGAACAAAGAUGUAGAUACGUACUGCUUUGGACCGGAGAUUAUGGUCUCGACCUAUUCAACACAUGGAAUUUAAGCCAAGAAGCCGCAAAAAAGUUCGAUGAAUAUUGGAAGCGAUUCGAGGAACACGUAAAACCACAGUCAAAUCGAAUCCUUAACCGCUUCUAUCUUCGAGACCUGAGACAAAACGGACGACCCCUCGAUGAUUUCUUGACAGAAGCUAAGCUGCUUAUCCAAAACAGUGGCUAUUCGUCCGAACUCCACGACAAAUUGCUGCGAGACGCCCUCGUAUUCGGCGCUGAUUCUGACAACGUGCGAAAGAAAUGUAUCGCCGAAGGAAAUGAUCUCACGCUCAAGAAAGCCAGAGAAAUCGCUCGUACUGAUGAAGCUACGAAGCUACAACUACAAGCGAUGUCAAACGAAACAGACAUGCAGGUCAACUCACUACACCGACCCAGAGGGAAUGCUAAGAUUAGGCAGAGAAGUCAAAGAGACAACAAAGCCAACCGUAAACAAAGACACGACAAAAUUUGCAAUCGAUACGGCAGCGAGCCACACACAAGCGACAAAAAGUGCCCUGCCAGUGGUGCUGAGUGCCACUAUUGCCACAAACGCGGUCAUUUCAGUAAGGUUUGCCAGAAAAGAAACCAAGUACACGGAAUACAGAACCAUACAGCUAGCAAACAAGAAAACAGCUCCGAAUCGAAGAAUGAUGAUAUGUUUCUAGGAUCACUUGAAAUUGACAACGUAAACAACAACGACAACCGCAGAAAAGUUGAAAUCACAGUCGACGUCACCGCCAAACCCUACCACAAGAAAACUACCCCGAUAGCAUGUAAAAUAGAUACAGGCGCUGAAACUAACGUGAUAUCUAAAACAAAGUUUGACAAGAUUAUCGCCUCUCCCAGUGAUAAAGCACUUGGACCACCCCAGAUUCUCACAGCCUAUGGCGGCCAAAGGAUUGAAUGCAUGAGUACCUGCCAGCUGUUUAUCCACUACAAAGGCAAGAUAAAGGAAGUACCCUUCACAGUAACCAAUGUGCAAGGACUGGCCAUGCUAGGAUUAAAGACGUGUGAGGAACUAGGACUUGUUACGAUCAAUUGUAGCAUUCAAGCAGAUAGUAAACGUACAACUUCAGCUACCAAACCUCACGACAAACGUCCUCUUACGAAGGAUAAACUUGUACAAGAAUGUAAGGACUGUUUUGAAGGCAGAGGUACCUUCAAAAUGACGCCAUACCACAUCACUUUAGACCCUAGAGCAGAGCCAGUUGUGCACCAACCUAGAGCAGUUCCUGUACACUUGCGUGAAAUGUUCAAUGCUGAGCUCGACAACAUGGAGGAACUCGGAGUCAUCGUACCAGUUAACGAACCCGCUGACUGGAUUAACAGCGUAGUACUUAGCGAAACCGUCAACGACAACGGAGAGAUAACCAAGUUGAGAGUGUAUCUUGACCCACGAGACGUUAACAAAUGUAUAAAGCGAGAGCACUACCACAUGAGAACAGUCGAUGACGUGAUUAUUGAGCUACACAAUGCAAAAUAUUUCAGUGUCAUUGAUGCGACAAAAGGGUACUGGCACGUACCGCUCGACAAAGAAAGCUCCCUGCUCACCACCUUUAACGCGCCAUUCGGACGAUACAGGUUCACUCGGAUGCCAUUUGGACUAAAUGUCUCACAAGACAUUUUCCAAAGGGAACUCGACUCGUCCCUUGAAGGACUUACAGGAGUCACAGGUAUUGCUGAUGACAACUUUGUAUACGGAAGGACAGAAGAAGAACAUGAUCAGAACGUCAGGAAGUUAAUGGAGCGAGCACGAGUAAAAGGUGUUGAGUUCAACAAAGAGAAACUACAACUAAGUGCAAGGAAGUUAGCUUGUUUGGCCACACCUGGUCGCCACAAGGCAUCAAGCCCGACAACAAGAAGGUGUCUGCGAUCCUCAACACGGAGCCCCCCGAGGACGUCAAAAGCUUACACAGCUUCCUCGGUCUAACCAAUUAUCUGACAAGAUGCUCUGGACGCCUAGCCACCCUAUCAGCACCUCUGAGAGAUCUGACAAAGAAAGACACGGUCUACUCCUGGGGACCUGAGCACGACCAAGCCUUCACCGAAGUUAAGAAAGAAGUCUCAUCACUCGGCGUACUUAGAUACUUCGACCCGAACGCAGAAACCGUCAUCGAAACUGACGCUUCACUGAAGGGAUUCGGCGCUGUGUUACUACAAGACGGAAAGCCUGUAUACUAUGCUUCUAAAGCCCUCACCGAAACUGAACAGCAUUACAGCAACAUUGAACGAGAAGCACUCGGCUUUGUUUGGGGACUUCAAAGGUUCCAUUACUUCAUCUACGGCAAAUCCUGCACAAUUCACACAGACCACAAGCCACUUGAAGCAAUCUUCAAGAAGAAACUCAGCAACUGCCCUGCAAGAUUACAAAGGUUUGUACUACGAGCACUGAAGUAUAACGUUACCAUAAAUUAUGUCAAAGGAGCUGAAGUACCUAUUGCCGAUGCCCUCUCGAGGGUAUCACCACAACCAGCCUCACCAAACGAGGAAUUCCCACAGCUGGACAUCCACCAGGUCACAAAGAACCUCCCAGCGUCACCGAUAAAGCUUCAACAGAUUCGCAACGAAAUAGCCAGCGACCCAACGUUAAGCAAAGUCCGCAACAUAAUACAUGAAGGAUGGCCCGCAACCAGAGAGAAAUGUCCUCAAACACUCCAUGACUACUGGAACUUCCGCGAGGAACUCACCAUUGAGGACGGCCUCAUCCUGAAGCAAGAGCGGAAAGUUAUGCCUACCACACUC